UUCCGCGGAGUUUUCGGCGAGUUUUGAACCGGGCUGAAGUGGAUAGCAGCCCGGUGGUUUGACACAGGCCGAUGCUGGAAGUCGGCUUCCUAUUCGCCAACUUCUUGUUCGAAUUUUCCCGUUCCACCUUAAGUUUGCGACAGUUACAGUCUGGCACCUCCAGCGCCGGAAUGUAACUGCCGCACCAUUUAAGGUGGAACGGGAAACUUCUGAACGAGAAGCUAAGCUGGCUUCAGCUUCGUACCAAAAACGGAACCUUUAUUUUUAUUGAAACACGUGAUGCCCCUUAAUGUCACAAGCGGCCUUAAAUAAGUUCUCAAACACUGAAAUAUGAACCAAACUCCCAACAUUUCGUCCCAUUAUCACUCAAACUAUCUUAUUUCAUAGUUCAUAGUGGCCCGGUUUAGCACACAUGCUAACUAGCUGCGAAAAAGCUAACGGUUAGCUUAGCUUCCGACAGUUUUGGCAGUUAAGAAAUAUAGUUAACUGCUGUGUUUUAUACCUCUUAAACAUGCUAUGGUCUGAGCAAAAUAACUUUAGUGUUUUAUUUGUAAAUUUUAACCCGCGUUCAAAAGCGCUGUGUGAAUGUUAGCCUAGCUGGCGAGCAUGUUUGCUAAACGCGGGGUAAAAUUGACGUUUUAAACACGAAAAAAGUAACUUAACUCAGGAUUAUACUGUGUUUGUGAGCUAUGACACAUAUCACGGGUGUCUUUAUGAACUGCCACAUUGCCUGAACAGAGGUACUCAGUUAGCACGGUUAGCUUUCAUUCCCAUUUUACGUAGCCAAGUUAGCGUGUGUGCUAGCGCUGACCCAGUUAGCUGUGGGCUAAACCAGGCUGGAGUACUGUGUCUGAGAGUUGGCGUGAUGAAAAGAGAAACAUGAAGAGUAUUUGAUCAUUUAUUUUAGGUCAUUGACAAUAUUGGGAAUCCUUUUACUGUAUGUCCAGCUGCAUAAAAAAGUUUCUGAACUCUUGGAGUUAUCUGGACGUCUGCAUGAACGGCGAAAAUAUUAAAUAAUUUGCCUAAUAAUUUCAUAUCAUAAUGCUAUUACUAGAUCUAAAAUAAACAAAUGGUUGGAAUAACUGAGGUCACUAAUGGAAAAAGUUUGAAAAUAUUAUAUAAGCUGUGUAACAUUUUACCUAGAUAUCGGCGCUGUCCGAAGAAAACAAAUGUCUACAAAAAAUAAUUUUGAAGUGGAGAGCAAAAACAUUAUUAGCUUUUAACGUAAGUUAAAGAGAUUUUAUUCCAAGUCAUUUUGGAGCAUUUCUGUUGGUUCAUUUAUCAUAAAAUUUUUUGCACGAUGUAAAGGACUCAGUUUUCAAAUUAUGUAGUAAAUUAAAAAUAAUCAAAAGUGGAGAUACGUUCUUUGGACAGCAACGAUAUGUAGUAUUAACCAGUUACAUACAUUCUGUGCACUAGCUCAGUGUUGUAGACAACAAUAACGUUUCUGUGUUUCAGAAUACCAUGUUAAAUAUGUUCAUUUUUGAAAGUCUUGCAGAUUUCAUGUGCCUAAUUCUGAUGUCCAGCAUACCAAUGAAAUUUCUAAAAAAACAUGUUAUCCCCAAAUUCAUAGAACCGCAUUCUACUUUUAACAAAAUAAAAUAAAAUCUUGAAUCAUUGUGUUUGAUAAUGCACAAAGUUAUUAUACUCAUCAAAGUAUAAUUUGCUACACCAAGUCUAAAUGUCCAGAUUACUGGACAUUCAAAUUUAUCUCAAAAUUUGUGUGUGCAGAAAUAAAUAUUUUCUAUUUCCUUUUUUUACCUUUCAUGAGAGGGACCUUCUAGAAGGACAUACAUACAAAAACAUUUCUGAAAUAAAUACAGGAUUGCUCAGAAACAGAGUCAGAGUUGGUCAAGGAGGCAGUGAGCGUCUGUCUCAACAGAACCCAGCGACCAUAACCAGAAUACUCCUCAGUCACUUCAACUGGGACAAAGAGAAGCUUAUGGAGAGGUACUUCGAUGGAAAUCUUGAUAAGUUGUUCUCAGAGUGCCAUGUUAUUAACCCCAGCAAGAAGGCAAGGACGCGACCCAUGAGUACACGUUCCUCCAAUCAGGACAUGCACUGCCAGAUCUGCUACCUGAACUACCCACACUCGUACUUCACAGGGCUGGAGUGUGGGCACAAGUUCUGCAUGCAGUGCUGGGGGGACUACCUGACUACCAAAAUCAUUGAGGAGGGAAUGGGUCAAACCAUCUCUUGUCCUGCUUACAGCUGUGAUAUUUUGGUAGAUGACAACACUGUAAUGCGGCUGAUCACGGAUUCAAAAGUGAAGCUGAAGUACCAACAUUUAAUCACGAAUAGUUUUGUAGAGUGUAAUAGACUGUUGAAAUGGUGUCCGGCUCCUGACUGCCAUCACGUGAUUAAGGUCCAGUAUCCAGAUGCCAAACCAGUGCGCUGUAAAUGCGGCAGACAGUUCUGCUUCAACUGUGGAGAAAAUUGGCACGACCCAGUGAAGUGCAAGUGGUUGAGGAAAUGGAUUAAGAAGUGUGACGAUGACAGUGAAACAUCUAACUGGAUUGCAGCAAAUACCAAGGAGUGUCCCAAAUGUCAUGUGACUAUUGAAAAGGACGGCGGCUGUAACCACAUGGUGUGCCGUAAUCAGAACUGUAAGGCGGAGUUCUGUUGGGUUUGUCUCGGCCCGUGGGAGCCGCAUGGCUCAGCCUGGUACAACUGCAAUCGCUACAAUGAAGAUGAUGCAAAAGCAGCCAGAGAUGCCCAGGAGAUUGUAAUCCCAGGUUCCUGUGUAUGUUUGGUGCAGCGGUCCCGCGCAGCACUCCAGCGCUAUCUCUUCUACUGCAACCGCUACAUGAACCACAUGCAGAGCCUGCGCUUUGAGCACAAGCUGUAUGCACAGGUCAAGCAGAAGAUGGAGGAGAUGCAGCAGCACAACAUGUCGUGGAUCGAAGUGCAGUUCCUGAAGAAGGCCGUGGACGUGCUGUGUCAGUGCCGCUCCACGCUCAUGUUCACCUACGUCUUUGCCUUCUACCUCAAGAAGAACAACCAGUCCAUCAUCUUCGAGAACAAUCAGGCUGACCUGGAGAAUGCCACGGAGGUGCUGUCAGGAUAUCUGGAGCGAGACAUCUCCCAGGAUUCAUUGCAAGACAUCAAACAGAAAGUCCAGGACAAGUAUAGAUACUGUGAGAGUCGACGGCGAGUGCUGCUGCAACAUGUGCACGAGGGCUAUGAGAAGGACUUAUGGGAGUACAUAGAGGACUGAGGAGGACUCCUCUAACCAUGAACUCUCUGCAAGGAAAAGACUCUCCAGCGGUUCAAAGAGCGCUGUUGUGCCCCAUCACAGCCCCGCUUUCGGCCAUCUCCACAGAUCCUCUCCAUGUUGCAUCCUCUUUUCCAUAGCUGUUCAUUUUUGUUUGUUUGUUUGUUUUUAUUGAGAGUUUAAGUUAAUUUUAUUCUAAUAAAAGUUAGACUAUUAAAAGACCAACCCCCCAAUGUCAGUAUUGCAGUUUGCGGCAGAGUUGAUUGUGAACACAGCGAGGAAAUGUAUUAUUCCCUUCUACUGUGUUUUUUUUGUGGAGAAUACAUCAGUAGUCGGUUUUGAUGAUUUCAUUUUAUUUUUUUUUAGUUCUUUUAAUAGAUUGAUUUGAAAUGGGCUUAAGCGUAGCUUUACAUGUCAGAGCCACCUGCAGUUUGGAAUGCUCGUAUUCGUGGCUUGCUUCUUGUUUUCUUCAAGGGCCUUUAGGGGAGGGUGGCGUGUAUUUCAAGCUGUAUAUAACGUGCGUGCAUGGAAGAUGGCGAGGGACGUUCUUUUCUUCCACAGAAAUAUUUAUUCUUUACAGAUAUUCAAGAAUGUGUUUGAGGCCCAGUGUGGCAGGGGGGCUUCAGCUUCACAUAUGUAGUGUUUGUGUUUGUUUUUUCAGUUAAAACUUGGAUGCUAGAGGAUGUUAAAUCCAAGAGAGGGUGCAGAAUAUCAGCUCUGGAAGAAACGGUCAGCAAAAACAGUAGCUUUAAUUUAAAAUCGUCCACUGUUGCUCCUGACUGGCAGUCAAGAGCAGCAGAUCCGUUCUGAAGGUGAACAUAUAGAUGACUUUGGAAAUGUCUUUCAUUUUAACCAGCUGGCCAACCUUAAUUUACUCACUGACCUGAACAUCCACAACGCCCUCCCCUUCCCAACACAGCUGUGACGUGAUGGGUAACACAGGACUACUUGUUUUUGAGAGCAAACAUGAGUGAUAUUCACUCAAAUUGAAAAGACAGCACGCAUUUCUGCAGCGUUUUUGUUUUGUUUUCUUUUUUUGUUUUGUUUUGUUUUUUUUAAGAAUAUGCACCUGCACCUUUUUGAGCAUUUGAGGAGAUGGCACACUGAAAGCUGUGCUCGCCAGCCGAGUGGUGACUGGUCUUACUAAUGCUGGUUACCAAAGCACUAUGAGGAUUAAAGGGGAACUUCAGUGGAUUUCAACCUGAUCUAUGAUUGGAGCAGCUGUAUUGUAUGGUCAUUUACCACAGACAGUAAUUUCAAUACGUUUCCCACAACUUGGAAAAGAACAGAAAUCCUGUUGACUCAAAAUGCAUUUAGAAUGGAAGCCAAUGGGCAGAUGCUUCUGAGUUUCAAAUCAGCGCUUCUGUUAUUUUAUUAAGUGCAUUAAGAUGAUUCCUUGAAAUGAAUGAAAGCUUGUGUGGUGGAGCCAAGCUGCUUCUCGUUGGUUGGAAGUUGGCCUGUGACACUAAUGCAAAGCAAUGCUAACAACACUAAUGUACAGGAAGGACGCAGAACACACGUUCAGCUUGUAUGAUGAGAUCUUGUUUUGGUGCAGAUUUAUCCAUGUUUUACUUUACGCUUGUUUGCCAGACUUUAAAUUUUAGAUGAUUUUUAUUUGUAUUAAUCAUUUCAUAAACACUUGUUUGAAUAGUC